UGCAAACGACUUCAAGAUCGUCUGCUUUGAAGACUGCCGAAUUCGCCGUCCACGACGGUUCGUGCCACCGACCCCUCGAACGCACGUUCCAAUCCCCUCAUUCUGAAAAAUGUCGCUCACCGUGUCCAUCGUUCUCGGCUCCGUCCGCCCAGGCCGCCAAGGGCUGCGCGUGGCCAAGUACCUCGAAUCGAAACUGGCAGCUGCAGGCUUUGCCGUCCACGUGGUGGACCCCACCGAGCUCAAACUGCCUUUGUUUGUCGGUCGAUUCGCCUACCUUCCCGCGGAGCUCAAGACGGAAUCCCUUACUGCGCUCCAAGGCAAAUUUGAAGGGUCCGACGCGUUCGUGGUGGUCACCCCUGAAUACAACCACACGUUCUCCCCCGUGAUAAGCAACACGUUGAACUACUUUUACUCGGAAUACGCAAACAAGGUCGCCGGGAUCGUCACGUACUCGGUCGGCGGAUUCGGCGGUGUCCGUGCUGCUGGUCCGCUCCGACCCUUCUUUGGCGAAUUGGGCUUGGUCACGAUCCCCAAGGAAUUGCCAUUCCCUGUCGUUCAAAACGUACUCCACGAAGACGGUACGAUCAGUCCCGAAGCUGGUGCCAGCGGUGAAUCCAUCGAGAACGGUACCAAGCAAUUCGUCAAUGAAUUGAAAUGGUACGCGUCCGCCUUGAAGAUUGCCCGCGCCGCCGGUGGUCCUUAAACUCUGUAAACAAUUGGCGUGCUUUUGGCGUUGAUGUUUGAGUACUUCAUGGUUGGCAUCCUCAUGCACCACAGACUUGACCCUUCCAAGCAACAUCUCCUCGGAACCAUCGCGG